CGACCACACCACACGGCCGCAACAGCCACCACCAGACCAGCAGCGCACACACCAGCCAAGCCAAGCGAAGCUCGCCGGAGAGAGAAUCGUCGGAGAUGUCCGGCCGCGGCAAGGGAGGGAAGGGGCUGGGCAAGGGCGGCGCCAAGCGCCACCGGAAGGUGCUGCGCGACAACAUCCAGGGCAUCACCAAGCCGGCGAUCCGUCGUCUGGCGCGGCGUGGCGGCGUGAAGCGCAUCUCGGGGCUCAUCUACGAGGAGACCCGCGGCGUGCUCAAGAUCUUCCUGGAGAACGUCAUCCGCGACGCCGUGACCUACACCGAGCAUGCCCGCCGCAAGACCGUCACCGCCAUGGACGUCGUCUAUGCGCUCAAGCGCCAGGGCCGCACCCUCUAUGGCUUCGGCGGCUAGGCCGCGCCGGCGCAGUCGAAUCCACCUCCACCUCGCGCCGCCAGAUUCGUAGCAUAGCUAGCUAUGGUUGUUCAGUGUUCAUCGUCUUCAUUGUAAUGGCCGCAUGUCGCUGCUGUUGUUCAGUGUUCGGUGUUUGGAUGUGCCAUGAUAGAAUGGAAAUCGCAGCAUUUUACCCUCGAA